AAUGCUCCGGUACUGCGCAGGCGCAAUGACGCUAGUCCUUGGCUGAUCGGCCUGCUGUAGGUUACGGAUCCGGUGCGGCGACACACAGACACCAUGCAGAGCUGGACGCAGGUUUACCGGUCUCUGGCCACGCGGAGCCACCAUCUUCCCUCGGCGCUGUCCGUCAGAAGCUUCGCCGACAGAGCAGCCAUCGAUGCCGACGUCACCGUCGUCGGCUCCGGCCCCGGCGGCUACGUCGCUGCCAUCAAAGCGGCGCAGCUCGGCUUCAAUGUGGUGUGCGUGGAGAAGAACGCCACGCUGGGGGGCACCUGCCUGAACGUGGGCUGCAUCCCCUCCAAGGCGCUGCUCAACAACUCCUACUUCUACCACAUGGCGCACGGCAAGGACUUCGAAAGCAGAGGCAUCGAAAUUUCAGGCCUCUCGUUGAACUUGGAGAAGAUGAUGGCUCAGAAGAGCGGAGCGGUGAAGGCUCUGACGGGAGGAAUCGCUCACCUCUUCAAGCAGAACAAGGUGACCCACAUCAGCGGGCACGGGCGGGUGAGCGGUAAGAAUCAGGUGACGGCCGUUGCCGCGGACGGCAGCGAGCAGAUCAUCAACAGCAAGAACAUCCUCCUCGCCACGGGGUCAGAGGUCACGCCCUUCCCCGGGAUCCAGAUCGACGAGGAGAGCGUGGUGUCGUCGACGGGAGCUCUUUCCCUGAAGAAGGUUCCGGAGGAGAUGAUCGUGAUCGGAGCCGGAGUCAUCGGGGUGGAGCUGGGCUCCGUGUGGCAGCGCCUGGGCUCCAAGGUCACGGCGGUGGAGUUCCUGGGCCACGUGGGCGGCAUGGGCAUCGACAUGGAGAUCUCCAAGAGCUUCCAGCGCAUCCUGCAGAAGCAGGGCCUCAAGUUCAAGCUCGGCACCAAAGUCAUGGGCGCCACCAAGAGGCCCGACGGCAAGAUCGAUGUGGCGGUGGAGGCGGCGGCCGGAGGGAAGAGCGAGACGCUGACGUGCGACGUGCUGCUGGUCUGCAUCGGCAGACGGCCCUUCACCCAGAACCUGGGUCUGGAUUCUGUCGGCAUCGAGCUGGACAACCGGGGCCGGAUCCCCGUCAACAACCGCUUCCAGACCAAAGUGCCCAGCGUUUAUGCCAUCGGCGACGUGAUCGCCGGGCCGAUGCUGGCCCACAAGGCCGAGGACGAGGGCAUCAUCUGCGUGGAGGGCAUGGCGGGCGGCGCCGUGCACAUCGACUACAACUGCGUCCCCUCCGUCAUCUACACGCACCCCGAGGUGGCCUGGGUGGGCAAGACGGAGGAGCAGCUCAAGGAGGAGGGCGUCCCCUACAAAGUGGGCAAGUUCCCCUUUGCAGCCAACAGCCGAGCCAAGACCAACGCCGACACUGACGGCCUGGUGAAGAUCCUCGGCCACAAGGAGACGGACCGGAUGCUGGGAGCUCACAUCCUGGGAACGGGAGCCGGAGAAAUGAUCAAUGAAGCUGCUUUGGCCAUGGAGUACGGAGCUUCCUGUGAGGACAUCGCCAGAGUCUGCCACGCCCACCCUACGGUGUCGGAGGCCUUCAGAGAAGCGAACCUGGCCGCCUCCUUUGGCAAAGCCAUCAACUUCUGAUUGGCCGGCUGCCGCGGCCCCUUCAGUGUACAUAACGAGAGGAGGAAACGAGAACCUUCCCCCAAACCCAC